AUGGAUGAUAGUGAUCACUGUGCAGUAAUGGAAUCUCUCUCCGGAUCGCUGGUCCUCAGAUUCUCCCUCAUUUUUUGCCUUCUCUGCAGUCUCGUCGCCCUUCCACUGAUCUUGAUGGCAACUUAUGCGAUCUGGUGCGCAAGAGUGUCUAGUCUGUUCCAUAUCAACGUUAUCAUCAUCUUCCAAGUGCAUCUUUUCGGAUUCUUUCUGCAUUGUUCUGCAAGGUAACGUCCUCAAAUGCAGAUCUAUAAUAUUGUGUUUCAUCGCAGAAUAGUGCUCCAUUCUCUUGAUCUCUUCAACUACGCAGUUUACGACUAUUGCGAUAUGGCGCCUUCCGUGUGGCGCUGUUUCGUCUUCCGAUUUCUGUACAUAUCCGGCCUCUGGAUGGUGUGCUCCACUACGGUUCCGUUGGUCGUCGAGCGAUAUAUUGCAACACGAAAAGCUUCAAAUUACGAGCACACCGGCUGUGCUCUCGGACUAGCCAUGGUGGUUCUGCAGGUGAGAAUGGCGGUCAUGUCAAUGACUUUUGAUUUCUUCCAGAUUCUACUGGCCUCCAUCCCCACGUACAUUGCAUUCAGUAACUUCAAAUUCGACGAUCCAGUCAUGAACUAUUGUAUGGCUAUCAAAGUGGGCCAAGUGUCGAGCAAUGAGAAAUUAGCGGCAGGAAGUAUCUUAGUUCAGAUCCUCUCCAGAAUACUCUUCCACUAUCUGUUCAAAGUUAAUGAGGUAGGUGCAAGUUGAAAGUACGCUCUAAUCAUGAAUUAUGUUCUAGAAACUGCGAAAGAAACAGUCGUUGACCUCCUCGCUUUCUAAUCGAUAUUCUUUGGAGCAAAAUCUGAAAUCUAUGAGAACACUAAAAAGAUUCGCAGACUUACAAACGGGUUUCAUGGUUAUUCACAUCACAAUAUUCAUUUUCCUGCUGAGAUACGGACCGGAGAUCACCAAGUCACUCUACAUUUCGUUGGUUGAAUGUAAGCUUUUUCUGCUACUGCCGCCUUGAAAAAAAAGCCAUAUCGCCAUGUCUACUUAUCAGUUUAAUGUGAUUCAUUUACAGUGAACGCCCCGUACCCGAUCUACGCAGUCGUCUCCAUCGUGGCUCUUCUGCAGACAGCUCAUCUGAAUCGGGUGAAACUGAAAAACAAGUUGCACAUUCAUGUGAACACCGAUCAAAGUGUCUACUUUGAGAACUUCAGGAAGGACUUGAGCUAA